GAACAAUGGCUCUGUCGAAAGGGGAAAGAAAAGGAUGGGCUAGCGGAAGCGCGCCGAGAGAAUAUGCCGAGGAGAUGUGCGCUCCGGACAUCCUCAGAUUCCUCGAGUCGGUUUGACCUUACUGCUCAAAGACGCACUCCCACGUAAUCCCUCCCCCAACCAUUUCUUGCAGACUCCGUCGCACAUGCACGCUUUCCCUCUCUCUCUCUCUCUCUCUCUCUCUCCAUUUCUUCCUCGUCAAGAUUCUCGACGCCGGCUUCGGUCGCCGCCGCCGUUCGAUUGGCCUGCCCAAUCUCGCCCCCACCGUUUCGAGAAUCUUGCGGCGGCCGGAGCUCUGAAUUCGUGGCGGUUCGCGUCGGCCGCCGGCGGAAACCCUAGUGCUCUGCUCCGCGGCUGAGGGAAGCUUGCGAUCGAAGAGCUGGAAUCGGCGGCGAGGGGCGAACUGAGGAUCGCGAAUAUGGGGUCCGAGAGGCAGUCCAUGGGUCUGCUGGGCACGCUGAGGAUGAGGACUAUCCUGACGCACACGUAUCCCUACCCUCACGAGCAUUCGAGGCACGCCGUGAUCGCCGUGGUCGUCGGCUGCCUGUUCUUCAUCUCGUCGGACAAUAUGCACACUCUCAUCGAGAAGCUGGACAAAAACAUCAAGUGGUGGUCCAUGUAUGCUUGCUUGCUGGGUUUCUUCUAUUUCUUUUCUUCGCCGUUCAUCGGGAAGACCAUCAAGCCCAGUUAUUCGAAUUUUAGCCGAUGGUACAUUGCGUGGAUUUUAGUGGCGGCUCUGUAUCAUCUUCCCAGUUUUCAGUCAAUGGGAGUGGAUUUGAGGAUGAAUUUGUCUUUAUUUUUGACUAUUUACGUCUCCUCUAUUAUAUUCCUCACUGUCUUCCAUAUACUAUUCCUUGGUCUCUGGUACAUUGGACUUGUAUCUCGUGUGGCUGGAAGAAGGCCAGAGCUCUGGACCAUAAUACAGAAUUGUGCGGUUCUAAGCAUUGCCUGCUGUGUAUUUUAUAGUCACUGUGGCAACCGUGCUAUUUUGAAGCAAAGGCCGUUUGAGCGAAAAAGUUCUGGCUGGUUCUCUCUUUGGAAGAAAGAAGAAAGGAACACAUGGAUCGCGAAAUUCCUUCGGAUUCAUGAGUUUAAGGACCAGAUUUGCUCAUCUUGGUUUGCACCAGUUGGGUCUGCUAAUGAUUAUCCACUCUUGUCGAAGUGGGUCAUAUAUGGGGAGGUAUAGAAUGAAGGCUUCUUAUAUUGAUCAUAUGGCGCGGGCUCUUCUGACGAAAUUUCUCCUUUAUACUCGUUAUGGGCAACCUUUGUAGGCCUUUACAUUACCAAUUAUGUUAUAGAGAGGUCAACAGGGUGGGCUCUCACUCACCCUUUAUCAGUUGAAGAAUUUGAAAAGUUGAAGAAAAAGCAAAUGAAACCAAACUUCUUGGGGAUGGUUCCCUGGUAUUCUGGAACUUCAGCUGAUCUUUUUAAGACAAUGUUUGAUCUCCUAGUGUCAGUAACAGUCUUUCUUGGCCGCUUUGAUAUGCGCAUGAUGCAGGCAGCAAUGAACAAGGUUGAAGAUGGAGUUGAGCAGGAUUUUUUCUAUGAUCACUUCAGUGAAAAAGAUGAUUUUUGGUUUGAUUUCAUGGCUGAUACUGGUGAUGGUGGGAAUUCUUCUUACAGCAUUGCACGGCUACUGGCUCAGCCUUCACUUAAUGUGACAACCAGUGAUUCUAUGCUUUCCUUACCACGCGGGAACUUGCUUCUUAUUGGGGGUGAUCUUGCAUAUCCAAAUCCAUCUGCAUUUACUUAUGAAAAGAGGUUCUUUCGUCCUUUUGAGUGUGCUCUUCAGCCUCCACCUUGGUACAAACUAGAACAGAUUGCUGUGAACAAGCCUGAAAUUCCAACUGGGAUUUCUGAGCUAAAGCAAUAUGAUGGGCCCCAGGCUUUCCUAAUUCCUGGAAAUCACGAUUGGUUUGAUGGACUUCAUACUUUCAUGAGGUACAUAUGUCAUAAGAGUUGGCUAGGUGGGUGGUUGAUGCCUCAGAAAAAGAGUUAUUUUGCUUUGCAACUCCCCAAAAAUUGGUGGGUAUUUGGCCUUGAUCUGGCACUCCAUGGCGAUAUUGAUGUGUACCAAUUUAAAUUCUUCUCAGAGCUGGUAAAGAAGAAGGUUGGGGAUGAGGAUUCAGUGAUCAUACUUACGCAUGAACCUAACUGGCUUCUUGAUUGGUAUUGGAAUGAUGUUUCUGGGAAGAAUUUCUCUCAUUUGAUAUGUGAUCAUUUGAAGGGGAGAUGUAAACUUCGAAUUGCUGGGGACUUGCAUCAUUAUAUGCGUCACUCUUGUGUACCUUCAGAUAAGCCAGUUUAUGUGCAACAUCUACUUGUGAAUGGUUGUGGUGGGGCAUUUUUACAUCCAACCCAUGUAUUUGGGAACUUUAAGGAAUAUUGUGGAGCUACUUAUGAGACCAAGGCUUCUUAUCCAUCUUUUGAAGAUUCUAGCAGGAUUGCUUUGGGGAAUAUCUUGAAAUUUCGGAAGAAAAACUGGCAAUUUGAUAUUAUCGGUGGUAUCAUCUACUUUGUUCUGGUUUUUUCUAUGUUACCCCAAUGUGAGCUCAAUCACAUGUUACAAGGUGAUUCCGUUUCUGGCCAUUUGAAGAGCUUUUUUGUCACCGUGUGGGUUGCUUUCAAGUACUUGCUGGAACAUUCUUAUGUAUCUCUAGCAGGUGCUUUGCUACUGCUAAUUGUAUCUGUCACAUUUGUACCAUCGAAAGUUUCGCGGAAGAAACGAGUGAUGAUUGGUGUACUUCAUGUUUCUGCACACUUGACUGCCGCACUAAUUCUUAUGCUACUUAUGGAAUUGGGCAUAGAGACCUGCAUCAGGCAUAAACUUUUGGCGACUUCAGGUUAUCACACAUUGUACCAGUGGUACCGAACUGUAGAGAGCGAGCACUUUCCAGAUCCAACAGGCCUUCGAUCUCGUAUAGAACAAUGGACAUUGGGUCUAUAUCCUGCUUGCAUCAAAUAUCUCAUGUCUGCCUUUGAUGUCCCAGAGGUCAUGGCCGUAUCAAGGACAAACAUUUGCCGGAGGGGAAUGGAAUCAUUGUCACGUGGCGGUGCUGCGAUAUAUUAUGCUUCUGUGUUUCUCUAUUUCUGGGUCUUUUCCACUCCCGUUGUCUCUCUAGUUUUUGGAAGCUACUUAUACAUUUGCAUUAACUGGCUUCAUUUACACUUUGACGAGGCCUUCUCCUCACUUCGAAUUGCUAAUUACAAGGGAUUUACACGAUUCCACAUAAACAGUGGAGGUGAUCUUGAAGUCUAUACCCUAGUAGUUGAUAAGGUUCCAAAGGAAUGGAAGCUGGAUCCUGAUUGGGAUGAAGAACCAAAACAGCCAGAGCAGUUAAGCCACCUUAGGAGGUUUCCUAGUAAGUGGAGUUCCGCAGCUCCCUUACAAGACCCAGUAAAAACAGUAAGAAUUGUUGACCACUUUGUAAUAAAUCGGAUGGUGAAGACUCAAUCAGAAGCCAGUAAUGGGUUGGUGAAUUGCUUAUGAUCAUCACUCGGUUGGGUAUAAAAUUCCAAUACCUUGUCAUUCACGAGGCAAAAGCAAGGGAUUUGGUCUUAUGCAGGAAAUGUGUGGGAUCUGUAUGUCUCAUAGCAUGUGGAUUUUGCCAGUAGUGUUUGAGUUGUUUCAACUCUGGCAUCUGCUCUCCACAUUUUCAGUUGUCCUGGCAUGAGAGAGGACAUGAUCGAGGCUGGCCUAGCAUGAGAUGAGAUCAAGAGAGUGAAUCUUGAAUUGAUUACAUGAUUCCUUGAUCGAAUUAAAAUCAGUGAUGGAUGUUUGCCGCUUUGCUUCUGACACUGGAUGAGAUUAUGAGGUACUCAUUUAGGUGACACUUGAAACAGCAAAGGUGACUUCAACCUUUUAGGUACUCAUUUAGUUCUUUACUAGAAGUAGAUUCUGGUAAAAUUGUACAUAAGAAUGUUUACACUUGUAAUUCCUUUGGUAGAGAUGGGCUAGUUGAAGGUUCACCCCUGCUGUUAGCUCACUACUGCAAUCUGUAAAGAAAAUAUCAAACCAUAAUUCUGUAAUUGGUCUUUAUAUGGGAUGGUGCUGCGAUGUAAUAUUUGAUCAAGGAAUGAUAUCAAUGUACCAUUGGAUUCUGCUUAAAUGACGAGUAGCUUCUUUUGCUGGUCU